AUGGCGGAGAUGUACGGAACCGGAAGAGAAGGCCCAUGGCCUGGUACCAGAAAUAUAUUUAAUGAAUCGAAUCCAUAUGUAAAGGCACGUCUGGAGACCGACAAGCUGACGCCACUACGCCAGUCUAAGGAAGAAAUCCCAAGGGAAGAACGGACUGGGAAGAUCAUGGCGAAACGUAACAAGAACGGUGUCGUGGUGUAG